AUUAUAAACCACAGCUAGCUAGCAGCAGGCUAACAGCCUUGAAGCGCAGACAGCAGCCGCAUGUCUCCUGGGCGUGAACCGCUGUCGAAAGUGUCACAAAUACCCGCCGGCUAAGAGGAGACGGUCUCUGGAGAAAGUUUACAUCCUCUCGGCCGGGGGGAAGGACGGACGGAUACAACCGGCGCGCACACACACUGUGUACUGAAACGGGAAGCGGCUGAGCAGUGCCAUGGCGCGGGACUAUGAUUACCUCUUCAAGCUGCUCAUUAUCGGCGACAGCGGUGUGGGGAAAAGCAGUCUACUGCUGAGGUUUGCAGACAACACGUUUUCAGGUAGCUACAUUACCACCAUCGGCGUGGACUUUAAGAUCCGGACGGUGGAGAUAAACGGAGAGAAGGUGAAGCUGCAGAUUUGGGACACGGCGGGACAGGAACGGUUCCGUACCAUCACUUCAACGUACUACAGAGGCACACAUGGUGUGAUAGUGGUUUAUGAUGUGACGAGCGCAGAGUCCUUUGUAAAUGUCAAACGAUGGCUUCAUGAAAUCAACCAGAACUGUGAUGAUGUUUGUCGAAUAUUAGUGGGUAAUAAGAACGACGAUCCCAAUUCAAAGGUGGUGGAGACGGCUGACGCACAGAAGUUUGCGGAGCAGAUGGACAUUCGGCUGUUCGAAACUAGCGCCAAGGAGAACAUCAACGUGGAGGAUAUGUUCAACUGCAUUACAGAGCUAGUUCUCAGGGCGAGGAAAGAGUCCAUGGCCAAGCAGCAACAGCCAAGUGAGGUGGUCAAACUCGGCAACAGGAACAGCAAACGCAAGAAGAAAUGCUGCUAACAUGCUGGAGUUGCUCCGAGCCAAAUAAACAUGCCACUGAACUGACACGAGCCAGAGAACGCAGCAUCCCAAGAGAAAGAGAGGGACACACACGUAUAUACACAUACACAUACACACACACACACACACACACACACGAGCCAAAUCAAAUUUAAAGAGAUCUAUGUAGAAAUCUACUAAUGAAAUCCUUUUGGACUUUAUAUUCGCUUGCACAGCGGACUUGUGCAGAUUCAAACGUAGAUUUAAGCGCAACCGGAUUCACGUGGCCGCCACGUCCUUUCCGAAAAGGUCGAGGAAGUCCACUGCUACAAUGACCUUUUAAAAAGGAGAAGUCUGUAAUCAUGCCAGCCCCUUACAUAAACGCUUAUUUUUGAAAUUCAUGACCUAUUGGUAUCUCAUCCACUCAUUCGUUCUGUGUUAUAUAGACAAGACACACAAAUGAGGAUGAUGAUGAUGAAUCAUGCUCCUUUCUUCUUGAGAGCUCCUCAUACUUUUGUGAUUCACAGGAAGUCUGAUCAGCCUGGAAGGAAUGCUCAUGUCGCCGCCAAUCCUCAGAGACGAAUUAUUUUUGCUUCUUCUUCUUGUUUUUUUUCACUUGUUCAUUUUGUUUUUUUUUU